AUGAGCUACUAUGAUAUCGACGACAUUCUGGCAGAUGCUACGAAGUUCCCGUGCCGCUUCAACUACGACAUCCCAGGUCUUGGGUAUCUAGAAGGUAACAUCGGCAAAGACAUUAAAAAAAAUGCAAAAGUUGAGCUCCCACUGUGGUUAGCUCGAAUUCUAGCCAUUGUAGGAGGCGAUCCCGGGCUUUCAAGUGUUGACGACGAUGAGGCUUUUCCCUUCGUCGAGCUAAUGGCCCCUGAGCUGCUAGCACCAAGAGUUAUCAACGCGAUCAAGUCAGGUCCCGCAACACUAGAUGUCCAUUCCAUCAACUCGCAUUUCUACGCCCUCGCCAUCAAGUGGGCCACUCUUUUCAAUGACCGUGACUUGGUCGAAGUUCUGAAUUAUAUGUUGCUCGAGAGGAGUCAGGAGAUUCGCAAUCACGCUGCGAGCAUCGAUUUGGAAGAGCUGGCUCAGGGCCGGGACGUAAGCACGUUCAUGCUGACGCUUGACGAAUUCGAGAAAAGAAUCUAUAGAGAUAGCCACGAGAGUUGCAAGGAUAUGAAAAAGUGGUUGGUUCAAAGAUGA